GCAACACCUGCGAAUGGUGGGGCGGGGCUCCGCAAAGACCUCAUCCUGAAGUGAUCACCUGGGAAGCGGAAGCAGUAGAGAAAGAAGCGGGGGCCAACGGCUUUAAAGGUUCCGCAUAUCCUUGGAUGAGGAUUAAAAAGAGACCUUGGCAAUCCAGCUAAUCCACCACCCUCACUUUACAGAUGAGACUGAGGACCAGAGAGAGAAUGUGACUUCCCAGUCACAGACUAUUUGGUAGAGCUGGACAAGAACCUGAGCCUGUAACUGAAGAGACCAGAUAGAUAUCUUUCAGUUACAAUCUUGGGAAACAGCCCUAAGAUCUUUGCAAAUUAUCUUGUGGGGGAAAAUGCCUAAAGUCAAAAGAAGCCGGAAAGCUCCCCCAGAUGGCUGGGAGUUGAUCGAACCAACGCUGGAUGAAUUAGAUCAAAAGAUGAGAGAAGCUGAAACAGAACCUCAUGAGGGGAAGAGGAAAGUGGAAUCCCUGUGGCCCAUCUUCAGGAUCCACCACCAGAAGACCCGCUAUAUUUUUGACCUCUUCUACAAGCGGAAAGCCAUAAGCAGAGAACUGUAUGAAUACUGUAUUAAAGAAGGCUAUGCAGAUAAAAACCUGAUUGCAAAAUGGAAAAAGCAGGGAUAUGAGAACUUGUGCUGCCUGCGGUGCAUUCAGACACGGGAUACCAAUUUUGGGACAAACUGCAUUUGCCGGGUCCCCAAAAGCAAGCUGGAAGUGGGCCGGAUCAUCGAGUGCACACACUGCGGCUGCCGGGGCUGUUCCGGCUGAGGCCCUGGAGCCCUGACCCCUCUCCACCCAGGACUUUGGACUUCACAGGUUUCUGCCUGUCGUGCCACCCCUUUCCUAUGAGCAGCUUUUCUGGUAGAGCAGUGCCCCAGGCCCAAGUUGGAGUAUGGUCUCUACGUGUGAAGGCAUUGUUGUUCAUGAGCUAUAAUUUGUAGAAAUAAAACUUGUAACCUUG